AUGACUUCCAACAAUUGCAUCCUAGAAUCCUUCCUACAACUGUUUCAAUGCGGUGGAGCAGGGUUCACAGAUGACUACGAACAAGACGCUGCUGUGGUUCAGCAGCAGAAACAUAUCUUCUUGGAACAAGCACGACCAAUUGGGUCGUGCAGUGUUUCUUCUCCUACAAGCAUAUACUCUAUUCCUUCUCGGGAAAGCAUGACGGAGAUUCGUCAAGACUCUGUGAAUCGCUUCGGCCGAUCUCGACUCUUUUCCUACACUUCGAGCACUCCCAUGAGAUUCUCAUUUGAAGAUUAUCAUUCAGGGGAGUAUGAAUUGGAGAAACGAGACGACUCCAUCAGAACGAACAGUGCCCGCACCGAAUCGCGUCAAUACUCUCCUCCCAUGAAGAGAUCAAACUCGAUAGCGACGGUAACGACUGCCGACAGUAAUUCCGUUGGGGAAGACCUACAAGCCCACAGCUCGGAAGACUCGCCGGAAUUCCAAGUUGACGUAGUUGCUGUUCGUGAGUAA